AUGCUGCUCUUUGGACCCAAGGUGCUGCUGUUUCUCACUGCACUCAUCAUCCCCUCAGACUGGACACCUCUAGGGGUCAAUGGUCAAGAAACUCCAGUAACUAUAGAAACAUUCACAGAAGAUCCUAAUUUGGUAAAUGAACCCUCUACAGAUGAAACAGUUCUGGCUGAUAUCGUGCCUUCCACAGAUGACCUGGAGUGCCGGGAUGAAAAAUUUGCUUGCACAAGACUCUACUCUGUGCAUCGACCAAUCAAGCAGUGCGUUCAUCAGUCUUGUUUUACCAGUGUACGACGCAUGUACAUCAUCAAUAAUGAGAUUUGCUCCCGUCUUGUCUGUAAAGAACAUGAAGCUAUGAAAGAUGAGCUUUGCCGUCAGAUGGCUGGUCUGCCCCCAAGGCGACUCCGGCGUUCCAACUACUUCCGACUCCCUCCAUGUGAAAAUGUAAAUUUGCAGAGACCCAAUGGUGUGUGA